AGAGUCUUUUCAGACCGGAGUAGUCGGUUUGAGAAACAGCUAUUAAGUCAUAACAAAAUUAAUGCAUUUCCGAACGGACAUUUAUUCGCAUCGUCAAGUCAUUUAUUAAUCGACAUACUAAAGUUGUAAAUCUACCCGAGGGUUUUUAACGGUGUAAAUGGAGGAGAAGAAGAAAGACGGAGACCCGGAGAUUCAGGAACACGGACCCGAACAUUGGUUCUCAAAAUGGGAGCGGCAGUGUUUGGCCGAAGCGGAGCAAAGAGAGUCAAACGAGGAGGAGGCCGACAACGACCAGGAUAAAUUAUGGCAUCUCUUCCAGAAUUCCGCCACUGCCGUGGCUCAGCUCUACAAAGACCGAGUAUGUCACCAACAGGGGGGGCUUUCUUUGUGGGUGCCGUUUCAGAACGCAGCCACAGCCGUGACCAACCUGUACAAAGAGUCUGUGGAGGCCCACCAGCGUAGCUACGACCUAGGUAUACAGAUCGGCCACCAGCGUCGCAACAAGGAUGUGCUGGCCUGGGUGAAGAAAAGGAGGAGAACCAUCCGGCGAGAGGACCUCAUCAGCUUCCUGUGUGGCCGGGCCCCACCCCCCCGGACCUCCAGAGCCACCCUCACCCCAGGACACAGGCUGACCAUGGUCUCCCCUAACCGGCCUCCCCCGGCCCCUGAGACUGACUCCUCUGUGGAGGCUGACCUCCAGCCCUUCAGAGAGGCCAUCGCACUGCAUGGUCUAAGUGGGGCUAUGGCCAGCAUCAGUGUUCGUUCCGGUACCCCAGGCUCUCCCACCCACGUGGGGGGUGCUGGUGGGGGUGGGUCGACCCCGGUGGGGCGUCGGCGUAACGGUCUCCAUGAUGUGGACCUGAACACUUUCAUCUCCGAGGAGAUGGCCCUGCACCUGGACGCUAACCCCAGGAAACGCAGCUCCGCCCAGUGCAAUGACGUCAUAACAGACUCCCCCACCCAUAAACGCAACCGGAUGAUCUGAUUGGGCAGCCCAGCCCCCGGGAGGGUUAAGAGACUUUUGUGGGAGGGGGGGGAGGGGGGGGUUGAGAUCUUGAAAACAGACAGACUGAAGGAUGUAUGGCUGUGGAGUGAACCGGCGUUGGGGACUAAGGAGGCCUUCCAUUUAGUUGAAUGGGUGGUGUCCUCCUGUCCUUGUCUCCUUUCCUACUUGAGAGCACUGGUCUAAACUGAAAGCAUGCUUGUUGGAAACCUGUCAUCCAUCCUUCCUAACCCCUUUAGGCUGCAUCUACACAGGUAGCCCAAUUCAGAUCUUUUUCCACUAAUUGGGCCUUUUGACCAAUCAGAUCAGUUCUUUUCCCAGUAAAUGGGCAACAGAACAGAAUUGAGCUGUCUUUUGUAAACGCAGCCUUAGUGAUCAGUGACCGUGAGGAAAGGAAGCGAGGACAGAAGGGCAUCGAGGAGGUUGGGAUGCAGCCCCCUUUCAGAGGAGAAAUGCACUGUGCUGAUUUGAAAUAAAAAAAGAAGCCACUUGA